UCCAGGGCGCAGGACGCCAGGCGAGCAGCCGGCCCGGGUCGCGGAGAAUGAGCGCGAUUUCAGGGCAAGUUAGUGUUUUCAGAAUCCAAGUGAAAUCUAACACUAUAAAACAAUGCCAAGAGCAAACGAAGGAAAGCAAAGAUCUGAAACGGCACCCCUGCCCAUCGUUUUGAUUCUUCAAGUUUCUGAAAAUGUAUGAGAAGCACCAAGCGCAGUCUCAGACAUCCACGUGUCCAGUCGUCAAAAGGGACCUGAAAAGCAGCAUUGACAGUGACCAGGUGCUCAAGAAGUUUAUGCUUGUAAGACCUGAUGACUUCCCACCAAGAAUCCCACCAGUUUCCUUGGAACCUUCGCUCAUGACAAUUCAAGAUGAGUGUUACACACUGGAGAAAGAGAUCUGCAUUUGGGGCCUUCAACUGAGCAACUCAGAGAUUGCCAGACUUCGAGCUGUACCUCGAUGGCAAUUACUUGGAAUAUUCCGGAGCAUUGGCUCUUCUCAGGCCCAGAGCAGACUACGCAGAGAUGCAGGGGAAAGACCAGCCUGCCCCAGCCUCACCAGACACUGGAAAUCCCCCUCCGCGGCUCCAAGCCAAACAGAGGAAGUUCAACUAUGAACCAGAUUACAAAAUCGUCUGAAGCUGUAACAGUGAAAGCUACUUCAGGGAAGAAAAAGAAUAACAAAGGAAUCAAGAAGAAAAUUG